AUGGCCGGCACGGCGGACUCGACCACCAUGGACUCGAACAAGCACGAGCGCCGCCAGAAUGCUCUCGCCGACAUCCAAUUCGCCUCGAUGCUCGACGACGCCGAGCUCACGCCCGUCGAGUCCGGCGACGAGACGGAGCAAGAGCGCCGGCUGGAGCUGGAGACGGUCCAGUCGGCGAUUGGCGUCAGCAUAGGCAAACAACAAACGCGUCUGACGUCGCCCAAGACGCCUGCGGCCGAGAAGGCCGCCGCGCUGGACGACGUGGACGGCGGGGCGCUCUUCGACGGCUGGGAGCAGCAUGCGACGGCGGUCAUGGAUGCCAGGACAAGGAACCGCCUUCCCUCGCACAACGACGCCGGCGCGAGUCGCCCUGGCCAGCUCGAGCACGCAAAGUACGCGUCGAGCCCCGACGAGCCCCUGGACCGCUUGCCCUCGCCCUGGCGCGCUGGCCCCAAGACCUUCCAGGGCCGCAUCCACGACCACCGCGCAACACUGCGCCAGCACCUCAACAACGGGCGCCGGAGAGCUUCGUCGAGCGGAUCCAUGGCUGACACCGUGCGCAAAUACGUGCCCUUCAACCUGCCCAAACCACCCAAGCACUUGCAGUUCUCGCUGCCCACCUUCUCCGCGCUUUCGCUGGAUCACGAGCGUGCAGCUGCGAGGCCCACGCACGGCGCCAGCCCCCGGCCCAGACCCAUGGCCGCAUCAGGCUCUGGCGCGAUUCCUCAGCAUGAUGGCAACUCUGAAUCCGCGCUGCGUCAUCGUAGAAGCUUGAGCUCACCUCAACACGUCAGCACUGCACCCGUAACCCAAGCCCAGCUCGAGAACGACAGCCUCUCUACCCUUGGCCCGAGAGGCACGCCUCGCACAUCGCACGACCGACCUCCGCCUAGGCUUCGUAGGUCCAACUCAGAAGGCUCACUACUGCUCUACCGUCCAAAAUCUAUUGCCUCCUCUCUCGGCGACGACUCUAGAUUCGAGAGUGUGUCUGAACAGGUGAACAGCAGGAUCAAAGCCAUCAAAGAUAGCUUUCAAGAUUCCAAUUUCAAGCUCCCAAGUCCCUCCAUGCCGAAUUUCACCUUCUCCCACAGAGACGACACGUCUCGGGCUCGUAGUGGCGCCUUGCCGCUCAGAGAUCGGACGAUAGACGAGAACCCAACGCGCAAAUCCAGCUUUCGCUCGAGCCCCUCAGCCACGUUUCCACGCAACAGCUCAUCGGUGUCCUUACGGGCGAUGCGGCCCUUCAAGGACGGUGCUUCAGAGCCUGAUAGUCACCCCAACUUCACAAGGGCCCUCGAGGGCUUGGAAGGCGACUUGGUCAUUCUCGGAGGAUACCGUGGCUCCAUCUUGCGUUCAGCAGAACCACCAAAUCGACAGCUGUGGGUGCCCAUAAAGGUUGGUCUCAAUCUGCGCAAGGUGGACCUAGAGGUGCCCUACGAUGAAGGAGCAGAUGAACGAAUGGAGCAAACCAUCAUUCCGGAUGGCAUGCUGACGCACAUUGGUCCCGUCGAUAUCUCGAAACGUCUGUUCAAGCGGCUGCGAGCCUCGGAAAACGCAAAGAGCGGAAAAUUGAGAGUCCACAACUACGGCUACGACUGGCGGUUGUCACCACACUUCCUAUCACGGCGACUGAUUCAAUUCCUCGAGUCCCUCCCGUGCAAUCACCCUAGCGUUGCUCCUGAGAAGAAAGGCGCCAUCGUGCUUGCCCACUCGUUAGGCGGCCUGAUCACUCGUCACGCUAUCAAUCAGCGACCGGACCUUGUCGCAGGUGUGAUAUACGCCGGUGUGCCCCAAAAUUGCGUCAACAUCCUUGGUCCCUUCCGGAACGGGGAUGACGUCUUGCUCUCCUCUCGCGUAUUGACAGCGCAGGUGAAUUUUAGUAUCCGCACCUCCUACGCCCUGCUACCUCUUGAUGGCAAGUGCUUUUUCAACAAGCACACAAAGGAAGAAUAUCCAGUCGACUUCUUCGACAUCAACACAUGGCUCGAUGGCCGCUUGUCUCCAUGUAUAGCGCCCCCUUUGCCACGCCCCGAGGCACCUAAGGAGAUCAGCUUCAGCGUGAGUGGUGUCUUGAAUGCCAUGUCGCAAGCCCUGCCGUCAUUUCCAGGUCGAAAAGGUAGCCUAUCAAGAGGGAACGGUGAGGCCACCAGUGGUAUCUCAGACGUCGCUCACAAUGCAGCAAACAAAGUGGCUGAAGGCAACGCUGAAGCUGCUGGCGGCGGCAUGGAACCUCAGAUGACGGCGGGACGGAGAACUUCGCGCUCUGCGUAUACCCCAAACGAUCCAAACCCUGCCACCGCAGUCACGAUAUCGCGCGACGAUGCCGUCAAGUAUCUGACCCGAGUCCUGGCAGAGACCAAGCGCUUCAAAGAAGAGCUUGCGCACAAACCUGAACACACCGCAGCCAACGCCUAUCCGCCCAUCGCCCUCAUGUACGGCAAGUCCACACCCACGGUAUACGGUGCGAAAGUCGAGUCUCGUGAAGCGAUUGCACGAGCCGAUGUCUAUGAUGAACUGGCGUUUGCGAGUGGAGAUGGUGUCGUGCUUGCGCGCGCAGCCAUGGUACCAGAGGGAUACUCGGUAGUCAGGGGUGGUGCAGUGUCGAGCGAUCGCGGGCACGUCACAUUGCUGGGAGAUCUCGAGGGCGUUGGACGUUGCUUGCACGCUGUUAUGAAAGCACGGCAAGCCGGUAUUGGCUUAGGCGAGAAAUCCCAGAUAGAUGCGAACCGAAAGGAAAGCCAAGGAUUGGGGAUUCAGGUGCCCCACGUCGCCUCUUAG